GCAGUGUGCAUUUGUUUUUAUUUGUUUAGUAUCCCCGAAACACCACGCAGUAUACCUCGUGCAUCAACAUCGUCCGAUGAAACAUGAGCCUUGUGUAAAGAACAUAUCGAUCGGUAUGGAGCAGUAGUCUGCGUUGAUUUGUUCGGUUGAUAAACUAUUUCUGUUCUAUUGAUCUCAAGUCAGUGAGGAGUGGGGUGUGUUUUGUAUUGAAAGUGACGAGCGAUUUACGGUUUAGAUUGUAAGCAGUGAUAAAGCAAAUCACGGAUUGUUUUUGAUUUGUAGCCCUUGCUUGGGCCGGCACCAUGUCACUAUCCACUUUAUAUAAGCGUGCCCUUGUCAGGUAUCCAAUUUUGAUGCAGUCCGUGCAGUCAGGAAUCCUAAUGGGAUCAGGCGAUAUCAUUGCGCAAACUCUUGUUGAGAAGCGUAAAUUCAGCAACAUUGACGGCAUGCGAGCAUUCCGAUUUCUAGGGAUUGGAUUUUGUAUUGGCGGCCCAGGUUUAAGAAAGUGGUACGGUUUUCUAGACAAACGCAUUACCGGCAGCAGCAGGGCAGUUGUCACCUUCAAGAAAGUAGCGCUCGAUCAACUAGUAUUCGCUCCGGUGUUUCUCGGAUUGCUGAUUGGAACAAUCGGACUUUUGCAAGGUCAUAACAAAGAUGAAAUCGAGGCUAAACUUAAAAAUGAAUACACUGACAUUCUACGGACAAACUAUUACAUUUGGCCAUGGGUUCAACUGACCAAUUUUUAUCUUGUGCCACUGAACUAUCAAGUCCUUCUGGUACAGUUUGUGGCGGUCUUCUGGAACACAUAUCUCUCGUGGAAAACGAACUGCAAUGAUACUGCAAAAGUAAUAGCUGUAAAAUCGGACACGGUUGGAUCGGAUGAAUCGAAUGGGAGUGCCUACUGAACAGUACAGUAACAAAAAAAAAUCUGUACGAAUGUGAUACAAAUUGAUUUUGUUUUUAAUGUAGAAAUCUAAGCCAUGUAUUUGUGCAAAUACAACCUUAAUUGUUAGAAGUUUAAA